AAGGGAUAUUCGCACGCGUCUCAGAAAUCCUUCGCCCGAGUUUCAGAAUCAACCUCUUUCAUUCCGCACCUUCCUCAUCAUCUGAUUCUGCCUUCACUCGCUGUCCCACCAACCAUGGCGUGGCCUUCAUCUCCAGCAGAGAUCGAGCGAAGAGGCUCUCACCGAGUCAACACCAGUAUGAGUGCUCCCUCUACGCCUACCCGAGCAGCACAUGGACGAAACAAGUCGAUCGGCUUUGGCGUCGGCUUUGGGAAUGCGAACGGCGGUUCUAUAGCUGCUAGUCCUGGAGGCCCAGGUUUGGGACCCAGUACAGGAUCCCUCGGGCAAUUCGGAAGUGUGCCUAUGAGUCCCGGUGCCAGCGGUUGGUCAAUGGGGAUGGAGAAUGGUUGGGCGGAUAUUCAAGCUAGGACCUUCUGUCGAUGGCUAAAUACCAAGCUCGAGGGUCAAAAGCUGGAACCGAUGACGGAUCUGGUCAAGGAUUUCUCAAGCGGCGUCAAGUUGAUCCAGCUGCUGGAAAUCAUGUCAGAGACCAGUCUGGGCCGGUACAAUAAGAAGCCAGUCAUGCGUGUUCAAAAGGCCGAGAACGCAUCGAAAGCUCUCAAUUUUAUCCGAGAGCGGGGUGUCAAGUUGACUAAUAUUGGUGGGUUGUGGGGAUACCUGAAUCUCGCUAAUGUUUGCACGCAAGGGCCCGAAGAUAUCGUGGAUGGAAACCUCAAGCUCAUACUCGGUAUGAUCUGGACCUUGAUCCUACGUUUCACAAUCGCAACGAUCACAGAGGAAGGCAUGACCGCUAAAGACGGAUUACUACUCUGGUGUCAACGGAAGACGAAAAAUUAUGAUGGAGUCGAAGUCAAAGACUUCAAAGGCAGCUUCUCAGACGGUCUGGCUCUAUGCGCUCUGAUUCACCGACAUCGGCCUGAUCUUCUUGAUUGGCACGCGCUAAAUAAAUCAGAUAGGAGAGGCAAUACAGAACUAGCAUUCAGAGUAGCCGAGCAGUCUCUUGGUAUACCGCGCCUGCUGGAAGUCAAAGACUUGUGCGAGGUAGACGUUCCCGACGAAAGGUCCGUCAUGACCUAUGUGGCAGAGUUCUUCCAUAAAUUCUCCUCAGAAGACAAGAUGGAGACUGGCACGAGGCGUGUCGAAAAGUUUGCAGAACUCAUGCAAGGUAUCUGGACAUCCAAGAACGACUUCGAACGACGCAUGGCGGCUCUUCUCGCCACACUCGACAUCACAGAGUCCUCUUGGCUCGCUUCAUCAUCUGCUGCUUCUUACCCCGAGGCUAUGGCGCAUCUGAGCGAAUUCACCGAGUAUAAGAGGACCACCAAGAGAGCCUGGGUGAAAGAACGACAAGAGCUUGGAGCGCUGUACUCAAACAUCAGAACAAAGCUCAAGACGUAUGCCUUGAGGUCUUGGGAACCUAGAGAGGGUCUAACGCUGGAGGACCUCGAACGUCGGUGGGCGGCUUUCUUACAGGCUGAGGGGACUCGAAGUCGAGCCAUCAACGCCAGGAUCCGCGAAAUCAAAGAGUCUCUCCGAAAAGAGUUUGCUCGUGUGGCAGAAGACUUUGUGCAUCAACUUCAGCGGAUCGAGCAAGCUAUAGGGGCACUUCAAGGUGCUCUAGCGGACCAACGGCAAACGCUUCAGCGAUUGUCCGAUGCCAUCCCAACUCUCCGUGCUCACCUCAUGACUGACGUCGCGGCUGUCAAUGAGGCGUGUCUAGAGGCCAAGGUUGAAGAGAACGAUUAUACCGUUCUGACAUUUGACGAUUUGGAAUUCGAGCUGGAGUUGGUGGAAGCCGGCAUCAAGAAGAAGAUCAGCUUUGUCGAUAACCAGUCGGUCUCCGCGACUCAUACAAAUCUAACUCCUGCCAAGUUGGAAGAGUUUGAAGCUACGUUCAAGCAUUUUGACAAGGACGAUACGAAUACCCUUCAGCUCUGGGAAAUGCACUCCGCGCUGGCUAGUCUCGGUAUCGUCUAUGGGGAUGACGAGAUCGAGAUUCUAUACUCUCAAUUGGAAGCCGACUUUGGCGCGGUCACGUAUGAAGCUUGGCUUGCAUUAUUGGUCGACAUCACCCGAGAUGAUUCUUCUUCCCGCGAUCAACUGCAUGAGGCGUUCAGAGGAAUGGCACGCGACAAGCCAUACGUCACUGAACUCGAUUUCAUACAUUCCAACCUUCCAUCUGAUCGCAUCAAAUUCUUACAAGAAGUCAUGCCAGAGUCUAAGGAAGUGGAUGCCGAGGCCGGCGAGAGUACAUGUUAUGAUUUCCAUGCGUUCCUAGAGAUGACUUUUGCUAGAUGACACGGAUAGGUUGAAAGUAGAACUCUAUGUACAUCCCCAACACCUUGCUUGUAUUGUGUAGUCAGUCACAUCAGCAUGAGAAGAAGACAUGCCGCCUCAAAACACGCGCCGAACAGCUAGCGAUAGAUGACGUGUAUUAAUCCAACACAUCGAUUCCUCCGCGGUCU